AUGAAAAUUGUCGGUAGUUCGAAUUUUUCUUUUCACAAUCGGUACGAGCAACGCGUUCCGAUUCGAAAAAUACCUUUGAACAAAAGUCAAUCGGCUUUCACCCACGUUUUCUUUCUUCUUGCUUCUUUCUUUUUUUAUUUUUUCUGGACUUCUAACUCUUUCUUUCCUUUUCUUCUCCUUUCUUUCUUUCUUUCCUUUUUUCUCUUUCUUUCUUUUUUCUUUCUUUCUUUCUUUCCUUUUCGUUUCAUUCUUUCUUUCUUUCCUUCUUAUUUCCUUUCUUUCUUUUCUUUCUUUCCUUCUUAUUUCUUUCCUUUUCGUCUCAUUCCUUUCUUUCCUUCUUAUUUCUUUCUUUUUUUCUUUCUUAUUUUCCUUCUUAUUUCUUUCCUUUUCGCCUCCUUUCUUUCUUUCUUUCCUUCUUAUUUCUUUCCUUUUCGUCUCAUUCUUUCUUUCUUUCCUUCUUAUUUCUUUCCUUUUCGUCUCAUUCUUUCUUUCUUUCUUUCCUUCUUAUUUCUUUCCUUUUCGUCUCCUUUCUUUCUUUCUUUUUUCCUUCUUAUUUCUUUCCUUUUCGUCUCAUUCUUUCUUUCUUUCCUUCUUAUUUCUUUCCUUUUCGUCUUUCUUUCUUUCUUUUCCUUCUUAUUUCCUUUUCGUCUCAUUCUUUCUUUUUUCUUUCUUCUUUUUCUUUCCUUUUCGUCUCCUUUUUUCUUAUUUUUCCUUCUUAUUUCUUCCUUUUCUUUCCUUUUUUCUUUCCUUCUUAUUUCUUUCCUUUUCGUCUCAUUCUUUCUUUCUUUCCUUUUCGUCUCAUUCUUUCUUUCUUUCAUUCUUAUUUCUUUCCUUUUCGUCUCAUUCUUUCUUUCUUUCAUUCUUAUUUCUUUCCUUUUCGUCUCAUUCUUUCUUUCUUUUCUUCUUAUUUCUUUCCUUUUCGCCUCCUUUCUUUCUUUCUUUCUUAUUUCUCUCCUUUUCGCCUCUUUCUUUCUUUCUUAUUUCUUUCCUUUUCGCCUCAUUCUUUCUUUCUUUCCUUUUCUCCUCAUUCUUUCUUUCCUUCUUAUUUCUUUCCUUUUCUCCUCAUUCUUUCUCUCUUUUCUUCUUAUUUCUUUCCUUUUCGUCUCAUUCUUUCUUUCCAAUUUCUUUCCUUUUCGUCUCAUUCUUUCUUUCUUUCCUUCUUAUUUCUUGGCUCCUGUCUCUUUGUUUUCUUUUCUUUCUUUCGUGUCUCUUUCUUUCAUUUUCUUCUUCCUUUCUCUUCUUUUUGUCCCUUUGUUUUUUGUCUGUCCUUUCUUCCUUUCUUUUUGUUUUUUUUCUUCUUUUCUUUUUUUUUCCUUUCUUUAUUUCUUUGCUUCUUGUCUUUCCUUCCUUCCUACCUUUUUUUCACGUCCCGGAUCGAUAGCUUUCCCGUUUUCUCUCCCACUUUCUCUCGCUUUCUUUUUACGACUGCGUGCAAUCUCUACUUUCAUUACUUCCGCCAUCUUGUUUCUAUCGAUCGCCCUCUUAAAUUCGCGCUAA